UUUUUUUUUUUUUUUUUCUCCCCCUUCAUUCCUUUUGCACACUUUACUCGUCUCACAAUCCUUUUUGUUCUUUCAUCCACUCCACCCGACUUCACUCCACUCCACUCCACUCUCCGCACUCUCCUUCUUUUCACCCCACUCCGCUCCGCUUUGCCCUAACCCAUUUCUUAGUCCUUGGCACCUUGAACACUCUCGUUACAGGAACAUGAUCAGGUCUUCGUCCGAAUACAACACCCUCUACGCCAACGCAACCUGGGACAGCAGCAGCAGCAGCACCCUGCCCACACUCGGAUACUGGGGCCCUCCGACAUCCUCAGACUGGUGCGAAAACAACUAUGACAUCAACUACUAUAUCGCCGAAUUCUUCAACUCGAUCUCGUCGUUCUCGAUGAUCAUCGUUGGUCUGGCGGGGAUCUGGCUCCACUCGACGUUCGAGAAACGGUUCUUGCUCACGUUCGGAUCCAUCGCCGUCGUCGGCCUGGGCUCCAUCGCUUUCCACGGCACUCUUCUCUUCCCGCUCCAGAUGUUGGACGAGGUACCGAUGGUGUAUUCGGUUUUAUCAUUGGCCUAUUGUUGCAUCGAGGAUCGAUCCUAUCGCCGAUACGGAACCUGGUUCCCGGUUAGCAUUGCGCUGUACGGACUGCUGACGACGCUGGUGAUGAUGUUUGCGGGACCAGGGAACCACUUGUUGGAGUUUGUUGUGUUCCAGUCUUCGUUUGCAUUUAUGGUGCUGGUGGUGAUGUCGCACAUUGUAAAGAUCUAUGGGGGAAUCGAGGACCAGGGAAUCCGACGGAUGUGGAAGACGACGGCGACGAUGGCUCUGGUAUCGUACUUGCUCUGGAACGUCGACUUUCGGAUGUGUGAUGCGAUGCAGAAGCUGGCUGUUGUGGGGCUGUGGAACCCGCAGCUGCAUGCGUUCUGGCAUGUGGGCGCAUCGUUAAGCUCGUACCUGGUGACGCUACUCGUGUGCUAUAACCGGGCAGAAAACCUGGGGCGUACACCGUCGAUGGAAUGGAAGUGGGGCCUGCUGCCUUACGUCGCUGUCAGGCACAGUAAAUCCAGUUAGAACGACGAUGAUAUACACAAAGUACUCUCCUAAUCAUGCCAAUUGCUUCGCUCGUAUAAUAAAAAAAGGGUGUU